AUGUAUAUGCCCAUCGACCUAUCAGGCCACGGGCAACUCACAGCGGUCCCGCCCGGAACGGCUAUGGAGCAGAUAUCCCGAAUAUGGGCAACCGAUCUGCCACCGCCCGCUCCCCAGGGGGUGGGCCAGAUGGUCCCUGCAGCAGGGGUAGCCUUCCCAAUGGUGGGAAUUGUAGAGUCAGACGUUGGGGAUGGGCAGGCCUUGCAGACUCCAAUACCGUCAGCCCCAGCGGUGGGGCCAGGAGCAGAAGUUGUGGGAGUUGGGCAGGCUUUGCAGACACAAACACCGAUUUUGCAGACUGAAACACCGAAUGCCCCACCAAUGGUGCGAGUUGUAGCACCAGACAGUGCGGUUGAUCAUGCCUCGCAGACGCAAACACCGAUUAUCCCACCGGAAGGAGGGAUCAAGAGGACAUUGUCGGAGUUCCUUGCAGACCGACGCAAUGUCACAGAUGUGAGCACGACGGCGCCAUCGAGCUACCCCGUGAACACAGUUGCAAAACGAAAGCCCUUGCCUACGAAGACGUCGCAGAAAAAAAAAAGGGCCACGGAGCCGAGUGAGCCUACUUUCAAGCGGGCUCGCCCGGCAAGUCUUACAUCGAUAGAUAUCAGGAACGACAAUAUGGUAUCUGUUCCGCCCACCGCUGUGAGCGGGGCAGCUGCAAAUAAGGCGUCUUCUAGCAACUCGCAAGCGGCCGACAACUAUACAAAGCAGCAGAAAGCCGCGAAACUAGCAAAAAUGGCCACCAUCGAACCGCCGUACCUUCAUAACCAAGAAUACGCCUAUGUGUCCAAACGGCUAGGGCAACAGGAGCAGAAAGGACGGGCCAAACACAAGAAAUUGAAAAAGAAAGCAGUGGAUGAGGAUCUCUGGGUCGUUGAACGUAUCCUCGCCGUACGGCAGGCAUCAGAUGAUGUGGAUGACGAGCCGAUGCACCCGGGAGACCUCGCCGGUCCGAAGGUUGACAAGGAGUAUCUGAUCAAGUGGGAUGGGUACGGGCAUGACCAGAACACAUGGGAGCCAGAGGAGCAUAUUGGACCUGAGAUUGAGAAGGCGGGUUGA